UGAGGUGACCGCACACACAGCGUCAGUGACUGAGGUGACUGCACACACACUGUAGCGCGAUGACAGACAGACGCACGUGCUGCUGAAUGAAAUUACAGAGAGCAGCCGAUGCAGCGCAGACAGACGGCAAACCCGCCGAUGGGUUCCUGCUCCUCCACAGACGGACUCUGGCUUUAUUUUUUUUUACCCAACACGAAGGGAGGUUAAAAGUGAAUGAAACCCGAAUUCUCCAAAGUCUCUGCACGGGACCUUGUCUUUCUCAGGCGCUCGCGUCACGUGGACUUUUGUCUGGACGGAGGAAGCGCGCGCCACAAACCCCUGAAUGCGUCACAGUCGGGAACGACCCGGUUCUACAGUCUGGAGGACUGUCGGUGUCCCAAGAGCGCAGACAGACGGACAGAUCGGUCUUUAAACACUCACAGGCAAGCGAACAGAAGGGACACGAUACUGACACUGGCAGUGCAUGGAUAGUCUCUCCCGUUCGCCCUGUCUUUCCUGUCUUCCCACACACACACACACACACAGCUGCAGAGAGAUAAGAGACAAGUCGCAACUUCAGAGCUAUUUACCUGUGGCUGUCUACACGAGCUGCUCUGAGGAUAUCUGACCCUGAAACAGAAGACACAAAGAUAAUUUGCCAUCGGCGAGGACGCAGAAGACAAUUCGUGGAAACCUCUCAUGACACUGCAGCGAGGGCAGACGCCAGCUGACUUUCAAGGGAAUACGAUUUAGCAAAACGGACUGCAUUAACUCGGGAUCACGGUCACUUCAGGAUUUAACGGUGGGCAUGUGCGUGCGUGCUCGCGCGCGACACCAAACAGUUAAGCAGCUGAUGCUGCACGCAAGGUGCUCGUGUGAACACUGACUGGUAGCGAAAUACACAAAGUAACCCGCGUCUUCUUGUCUUCUUGUGAAAUCCCCAAAGUGCUCUCGUUCGCGCCGACGUCCCGUUUCCCACGGCCUCACGGGCUCCAUGAAGGAUGCGCGUGCGCUCGGGCACACGCGCUUGAUGAGGCGGCCGGCGCUAUCAUGCGUGUGUUGGCCGAGGCCAGCGUUCAGUGCCUGCGGCUCGCCUUCCUGCUGAUGGUGGCGGCGGGCGCGGCGCCCUCACCGGCUCUGAGCGCCGGCUGCCCGGAGCGCUGCGUGUGCGACGAGCAGCUGGUGGUGCAGUGCGCCGGGCAGAGGCUGAGCGUCUUCCCCGUAGACCUGCCGCUUGCUACGCGCCAGCUCAUCCUGAGCGACAACCGCAUCGGCGAGCUGCCGCCGCUGCAACUCAACUACCUGUCCGACCUGGUGUACCUGGACUGCAGCAACAACUCUCUGACCGAGAUCUCAGAGUCGACAUUCGGCAACCUGCGCAAGCUCGCCUACUUGGACCUGUCGUUCAACGCGCUGGCGCGCAUCGAGGACCGCACGUUCGGCGCGCUCGCCAGCCUUGUCAUGUUGCGCCUCACAGACAACCCGGGCCUGUCCGAGAUCCACCCGGACGCCUUCGCUGAAAACAGCGCGCUGCAGGUGCUCGACGUGAGCCGCAACAACUUGACGACGCUCAACGUGAGCACGCUGGUGGCGCUUCCCGCGUUGCGCGCUCUCGGCCUCAGCGGAAACCCGUGGCGCUGCGACUGCGACACUGAGGACCUCUGCCUGUGGGUGCACAUCGAGGGCUUCAAGUUUCAAGAUGAAGGUCAAACGGUGUGCCAGAGUCCGGUGGAGAUGCGCGGCCGUCGCCUGUCAGAGGUGGGCAUGCAGCUGCGCUCUGAAUGCCACCAGGGCCUAGGCUACUGGGACUACCUGUUCUUCAUCGCCAUUGGCUUCGUCAUCUUCUCAGCAGGCACCGUUUCAGCCUGGGUGAUGGGUGUGCUCAUGGUGCUCUACGAGCGCUACAGCAAGAGGAAGAGCGAGGAGCUGGGCGACGAGGAUGAUGAGAACAUGCCCAUCCGCAACCCUGGGAGUAGCCAUGGCAACGGGGACCUGAGCAAGCCCAGCAUGCAGGUGUGAUUGGGGGGUUGGACAAGGACGACAGUGAUCACCGCUACCCCGAUGACACAUAACAAGAGGAUUAAUAAGAGAGACGGCAGAAGGGAUACUGACCACAUAUUAACGAGAUGGAGUAUGGCAUUUUUAAUGAUAAAAGUGACUUGAGUGCACUGAAUUUGUCAGAUUUGUUGUUCUGGAAAGAGGAAGGAAGAAAGGGAAAAAGCGACAGAAUGUGCAUUUUUUCCCCAGAGGAUCAAAUUGGGUUCAUCACCUAUUCCAAAUAGUUUAAAGAGUCUUUGGGUCUGUGGGCUUAGAACUAGUAAUAAUAGACUUGAACCUGGACACUGUGUGCAUGUGUGAAUAUAAACAUGAUCACAGAGCUGUAAGGGGCUUGAACAGGUCCCAGCCUGGCUGAAUAGGAAAAACUCAGGCAGAGUGAGACAGAGAAUGAGACCUAGUCCCCACGAACACUGUUUUUGAUUGGGUUUUUUUUUUUUGGCCACACCAGCAUUUUCAGUCCAUUUCCAAAAAGCUUAUCAUUCCAAAAUGAAAUAUGAAAAAAGAUGAUGAAAAUGACAUGAUGCGCAUGUACAGUGGGUUUCUGGCCAGUGACCUUUACAUCAUUUCCAACAUUUUCAUUUGUUUUGACAUGAAUGCCCCAGCCUCACUUGUAUACGAUACAAAGCAGUCAAACAUGAAAUUAAAUUACCUAAUACAAAAAACAGCAUCUCAGUAAGUUCCACCAUCUUGGAAUUGUGGACAUCAUGUGGCAGUCACACAUCAGUGCAUUCCCGGUGGUCAAAAAUGCUGUUUUCAGUGUGGCUGGAAAGGCAAAAUAGAUAAGGAAAGAUGCAUUUUCAAAUUUAGCAGUGUUAGUGUGGACUAGGCCUGAGAAAGAGGGUCACAGCAUAUACAGGUCACUGAUCUCUGACAUCUGGACUGAGUUAAUGACACAUUAAUAAUGUUCUUAUACAUUCACAUUCUCCUACACACUUCUUGCUUAGAGAGUGAUUUAAUGAGAUGGGAUGGAGUGAAUCACAGGGCAGGCUGACUGUCCCUCUGUCAGGUCAAUGAGUUGAGCGAGGGAAUGAGGGCUGGUAUGAAUGACUCAUCCACAAAGGAACAGGGAAAAAAGGAGUAGUACACUAGAUAAUCUGUAAAUCUAACCUGCUGGGGGGGUUAACACUAAGCAAGUACGUUUGUAUGCACUAUACCCCUAAGCCUUACACAUAGUGAAACCAGUGCAGCAUGAACAUACCUGCAUAGGUCACCCUGAUGGCAAUAGUCUGUGUGUGUGAGUGCCCAUGUAUGUCUCUGUGGCUAUAGCUGUGUAUGUGUGUGUGUGUGUGUGUGUGUAUGCAAUAAUAGAUGAGGAAAUUGCGAAAGCACGUCAGCAUGCUGUGGCUUUGGCAAGACUCAGCCUUAAGCUAUGUACACACUGAUUAAUUUACAGUCGAGUGCAGAAGUUUGUAUUCACUUAGGACAAAAUAAACAAGAAAAACUAAAUUUAUUCUUCGUGAAUGUUCCCGGUGGCACGGCAGUGCAGUGGGUAGCGUUGCUGUCUAACAGGUCCCAGUUCGAUCCUGAGCUCAGGUUACAGUCUGCGUGGAGUUUCUCAUUCUAGGAGGCUUUAAUGCUGCAUUCGACUAAAGGUUGUAAUGAAAUUUCCGGCCUCCGACUAGGAAAAACCAAAGAAAAACAUGCCCCCCCACAAUUCGGGAACUCUGGACAGUCUCCUCAAUCCUGAGUUCAGCAAAUGACAUCAAUUUAUUUCUCACUCAGUGGUGUUUGGUGCGCAAAAAUGGGAGGAAAACUUGCACUUUUCUGGGUUUACCUACAAUAUUAAAAUACUUAUUAAACACAAGUAAUAUAGUUAUUAUGCAUAGAAAUUAUACAUCAUACUGUAUAAGACAUGAACUUGUGGUCACUACAAGUGCACUGGGAGCAAUGUGAGAGGCUUGAUGCUUGCUUGGGUGAACGCAAAGAUGCGUUUAUAUGUAAAAUACACGCUAGUGGUUGAGGCAAAACAUGUAGUUUGAACACAGAACUCAACCUUCUAUGAUACUCACGGGCAGUGCUAAAGCCUCCAACCAUGUAUGUCCACUUCUUUCUCUCCUUUUAUUCUCUCUUCUUCCUGCUUGGAAAGAAAGUGUGGGAGCUGGGUUGUCAUUGUGAGGCCCUGUUUGUUUGCGAGCUGCUAAAUCUGUCUGCACUGGUUUUAAGAGCUUAGCUCCAUGUACCAUUUUGGGCCUGAGCUUCUCUUUAACAUUUAUCUGAUUAGGCAUACUUCUAUGAUCCC